GUCAGCCAGGUAGCAUAAAAUUCAAAACGCACCAGAUGUUUCACCAGUUGUAACCGUUGUUGCUUUUGUGAGACAUCCUUCAACUCUGUAUCAAAAAGAACAACCUCCAAGCCUUUUUUCGAGUCACCAUGAAGUCUUUUACCGUACUGAUCUGCUUUGCUGUUGCAGCCUUCAUCCUUAUGGAGAACAGUGGAGUCAAAGCCGCUGCGCCUGAUUGCAGCAAUGUAGACACCGCCGAUUGCCCUGCCUUCAAUCCUGAUGACUUUGUGUGCGCAGACGGGACUACAUACAUCAAUCUGUGCUCCGUAUGCAAAGUUGUGGCUGAUGGCAAGGAAGUUAGUGACGUCAGAGAUGGUGCGUGCUAACGUUGGCGCAUAGACUGGCUACUAGUCAUGUUAAAGGAUGCUUCCUCUGUGUCUUUUGUAUACAGUUACUAAAGUACUACAACCUGUAUACGAAACUUGGGACUUUUGCCUACAGUUCAGAGGUCGUUAGUUCAAGUUCCACUCCAUUCAUUUUGUUUUCUUCAAGACCCGAACAUUAAAUACAAUUAAAAACACUACUGGAUUUUUUCAUUUUCAUUUUUAUUUAUUUUUACGUAAAUUAUUAAAUUAUUUUAAAUCAUUUUUGGUGGGAGGUAAUAUUCAGUUCCUCUAUGUUUUUAUCGAACCCAACAGAAAUCCUAUACAGAACUAAAUCAAAAUAGAGAUCAUCAUUUCAACUGAUUCUGACUGACCCCCGCAUGUGAAGGUGAUGAUAUUGUUGUAGAAAGAACAUUUUCCUGCAGUGAUUGUAACCCAGGAAAGUUUACAAAAAGAAAACCAAAAAAAGUGGGUUUUGUGGAGUGGGGUUUUUUUGCAAAAAAGAAACACGUAGAUUUCCCUGUGAUGAAUCAAUCAGUUAAUUGGUUGACUUUAAUAUCUGGUAGUAACUUGCUUUGACUAUUGACAUCAUGACCGAACACAAUAGUACUUUUCAAUUUCACACAAAAUUAAAUUUACUAUUUCAAGACACAUUUAAAUAUUUGUUAAAUCAUACUGCACUCCAAGAUUGUCUUUAGUUAAAUCGAGUUUUUCGGUAUAAACAACGCUUAUAAAUGAGUUAUGUAAUACCAAGUAACUGUUCACGUCAAUAUCCCUCAGAAAUAAAUAACGUCAAACAAAUUAA